UAAAAGGCGAUACUGUAUUGAGAGGAAUCAGUAACAAAAUAGACGACAGUCAAUAAGUGAGUACAGAGUGUUAAAGCACAGAUAUUCUGAAAGAAAAAUCAUCAUAAGACAAUUGAUAUUUACUGAUUAUUUAUCGUAGACAAAAGUGAAAUAACUUGAUAUGGCAGGAAAAGGUCCAGCAAUCGGAAUUGAUCUUGGAACAACUUACUCAUGUGUAGGUGUUUUCCAGCAUGGAAAAGUAGACAUCAUUGCCAACGACCAGGGGAACAGAACAACUCCAAGUUAUGUGGCAUUCACGGAUACUGAAAGACUUGUUGGUGAUGCAGCAAAAAAUCAAGUCGCUCUGAACGCUUCAAAUACAAUCUUCGAUGCCAAAAGACUGAUCGGCAGAAAUUUUAAUGAUUCGACAGUUCAGUCAGACAUGAAACAUUGGCCAUUCAAAGUCAUUAAUAGUGGAGGAAAGCCAAAACUACAAGCGGAACACAAAGGAGAAACAAAAAUAUUUACCCCAGAGGAAAUAAGUUCAAUGGUAUUAGUUAAAAUGAAAGAAACCGCUGAAGCUUAUCUCGGAAAGAAAGUUACAGAUGCCGUCAUCACAGUACCUGCAUACUUUAAUGAUUCUCAAAGACUAGCCACAAAGGAUGCUGGUUUUAUUGCAGGACUUAAUGUGCUGCGUAUAAUAAACGAGCCAACAGCCGCUGCUUUAGCUUACGGUCUUGACAAGAAUUUAUCGGGAGAGAAAAACGUGUUAAUAUUUGAUUUGGGAGGAGGAACAUUCGACGUUUCAAUUCUUACGAUAGACGAGGGUUCAUUGUUCGAAGUUCGCUCAACAGCUGGAGAUACUCACCUUGGAGGCGAAGACUUUGACAACAGAAUGGUCAAUCAUUUUGUAAAAGAGUUUAAGAGAAAAUGUGGUAAAGACAUUUCUGGUAACAAUCGUGCACUCAGAAGAUUGAGAACUGCUUGUGAGAAAGCGAAGAGAACAUUAUCAAGCAGUACAGGGGCAAAUGUGGAGAUCGACUCAUUGUUUGAGGGAACAGACUUUUACACAAAAAUAGGAAGAGCACGAUUUGAAGAACUGUGCUCAGAUUUGUUCAGAACGACACUUGAACCAGUUGAAAAAGCUUUAAGAGACGCUAAACUUGAUAAAAGUAGUAUUCAAGAGAUUGUACUUGUCGGAGGUUCAACAAGGAUACCAAAAAUACAGAAAAUGCUGUCAGAAUUCAUGAAUGGGAAAGAACUGAAUAAAUCGGUCAAUCCAGAUGAAGCUGUUGCUUACGGUGCAGCCGUCCAAGCAGCUAUUCUGUCAGGCGAUCGUAGCGACACUAUCAAAGAUGUUCUUUUAGUUGACGUAGCUCCAUUGUCCCUUGGUAUUGAAACUGCAGGUGGUGUUAUGGCCAAACUAAUUGACAGGAAUACAAAGAUCCCUACAAAGGCCUCACAGAUAUUUACAACGUAUUCAGACAACCAACCAGCAGUUAGCAUUCAGGUUUUUGAAGGUGAAAGAGCAAUGACCAAAGACAAUAAUCAUCUUGGAAAAUUUGAUCUCACUGGUAUACCUCCAGCUCCCCGCGGUGUGCCUAAGAUUGAAGUAGAAUUUGAUAUUGAUGCGAACGGACUUUUAAAUGUUUCGGCUCAAGACAAAAGCACUGGAAAUUCAAAGAAAAUUACAAUCACAAAUGAUAGAGGAAGGCUCAGUAAAGAAGACAUUGAUAGAAUGGUUUCCGAUGCUGAGAAAUAUAAAGAAGAAGACGAAAAACAAACCCAGCGUAUCACUUCAAGAAAUCAAUUAGAAAACUACAUAUUCAGUGUUAAACAAGCGAUCGGUGACUCUGGAGACAAGCUGUCGACACAGGACAAAGACGAUGUAGGCAAAGCUUGUGAAGAGUCACUUAAAUGGUUGGAUAAUAAUUCUCUGGCAGAGAAAGAGGAAUGCGAUGACAAAAUGAAUGAACUGCAGAAAGUAUGUACCCCCGUCAUGACAAAACUUCAUGGUGGUUCUCAAAAUGGACCAUCAAAUAGUACAGGAGGACAAUACGACGGUCAAAGCACUUCUAAUGGACCAACCGUGGAAGAAGUUGAUUAAGAGCAUAACCCUUUGUAAAUUAACAAUGUCUUACUUUGUAAUAUAAUUACUGUAUCAGUUAAUAUUUAUUGUUAAAAGUUCUGUUGAUAUCUUAAUAUUUGUUUUGAAAAAUAAAAUUGUUAUACAAUUAAUAA